AGACCAGACUCUUCUUCGAGAGGAAGAACACAAUCUAGGUUAUGCGAUGCACUGCGCACUGCGGAUGUCGAACCAAAACCACUUUCUUCCUGUAAAGCUUAACACUCUCUUCUUCGACUUGUUUCCGUCUGGUUUGUGGCUGUUGGCUAUUCGAGUUCGGUCUCUAUUUGUCUCUCUCGCGCGAAGCCUGCUCUGCCUCCUGUGUGGAUAACAAAGCAUUGCGAAUCGGACUUCGGAAUUUUCAAGUGUGUGUUUUCAGUUGUGAACUAAAGCUACUUGAAUGGAUGGGAUGGAAUAUAUAUUGUCCGAUAAUACACUUGAAGAUGUCAGUUGGCUUUGCUCCCUAUCUGAGAGUGAGCUUGAUUUCCUGAUUAGCAUAAAGCUACUUGUCCUUCAUCGCGCAAAAAUGGUCGGCCGUGGGGAACUAGCCAUGAAAUUUGAUCUGAAGAUGCUUCGAGCUCUUGGGCUCAUUUUGAUGGAACAUCUUAAAGGAAAGCUUGAAGAUUUGUCACUUGUUCCAGACUUGCCCCAACCUAGUUUAUUUAUGGAUGGCUGCAAUUUACUGAAAUCUGAGCUUGAGGGAAUUAUGAGCAUAGAAGAGCUAAAGGCUUGUAUCAUUGAUGAUUCACAAAAAAAAUGGGCAAAAAGGCCACGUGAAGAAUCCGUGAUAGAUUAGAGAAUAGCGGAAUAUGAGAUCCCAAUGUGAGGCUGCUCCUUGGAAUCUUAGAUACCAAAGCUCCAUAUUCCAUCCAACAUUUUCAACCAUCUUGCUGCUAUAGGCCUUGCAAUCCUCAUGGGGAGCUCUUUGUUCUGCUGCCAUUGACACUAUCAAAAGAAGGUUAGAUAAAGACAUUUGCAGCAUAGCUGUUUGUGUGAUUGUGAUACCUCUCUUUUCCUAUGUAGUCUUUUGUUAUUUCAAGCUCGUCUUCUUGUUUCAGCUUUGCAGCUACUUAAUUUUUUUUGCUGUUUCUCUUUUCUUUCAUUCUUAUACUAUUAGGUUCUUGUGUAAAAUCAUCGUACUCUAAAUUAAUGAGCUUCUGGUAAUUUUUAUCAAUAUCUUUCCAAAAUCCCUAUUUUCCAGA